AGCGGGGGGGGAGCAAUUUUCCCAAUUUCCUUUGCCGGGAGGGGGGAGCGCAGAAUGAAACGGCGCGUCCAUCGCCCUCCUCCGUCGGGGGUGUUCCUAGCGGGCCCAUCUAACCCCUCCUCCUUUGCCGUCGCCCUCCCUCGGAUGGGAAGCGCAGCCUUUAUAAUGUGGCCCCUCCGACGGGAGCAUCCUUUCCAGCGCGUGCUCUUGUCCUCCUUUUCUUGGAGGGGGCGAACCAAGCCAGCCCUUAGCUCUGGCCGAAUCCUGCCUUCUUCUCUGGUUCCUUUACGCAUUUCGAGCCGCUGAUUCCUUCGCUCGCGUCAUCUUCUUUCCUCGGAGAAGGGAACCCGAUUCUCUUCUUGUUGUCCGUUUUUUUCCUUCUUUUUCUGCUCGCCUUGUGAUCCCAAAAGGUCCGUCUAGCUGGAAUGAAUAUAUCUGAGCCUAGUUUCUGUAGAGAGGAGAUACCCCAAGCCAGAGGCGACUUUUCAUGGGGAGCCGUCGCGGGAGCAGCCGCUGCGCCACCGCCGCCUCCGCCUCCGCCGCCUCCACCUCCUCCCGCCGCCGCUGCCUCUGAUCCCGGGCGCGCCUUCGCGCAGCACAGCCGGGCCGCCGAGCCCGCCGUCUCCAGCCGGACCCCCAGCCCAGAGCCGGCCUUCGGAUUUCGCCCCGGCGCAGCGGCGCCCAUCGGGGGAGGCGACCCCGGCGGCGCGCUCUUGGGCACCUCGGCUGCGUCGAGCCGUUCUCCCAGCCCCGACGCCGGCUAUGGCUACGGCGCCGGCUCGGGCCGUCCGUCCGACGGCAAGAGCGCAGAGGAUUCCCGCAUCCGGCGCCCCAUGAACGCCUUCAUGGUGUGGGCUAAGGACGAGAGGAAGCGGCUGGCCCAGCAGAAUCCGGACCUGCACAACGCGGUGCUGAGCAAGAUGCUGGGCCAGUCAUGGAAAGCGCUCAGCGCCAACGACAAGCGCCCCUUUGUGGAAGAGGCAGAGAGGCUGAGGAUCCAGCACCUGCAGGACCACCCCAACUACAAGUACCGCCCCAGGAGGAAGAAGCAAGCCAAGAAAAUCAAGAGGAUGGAGCCCAACAUCCUCCUGCACAAUCUCUCCCAGCCUUGUGGCGACGGCUUUGCCAUGAACCACCGGGCUGGUGGCGCCAUCGGGCACCCGGGCCAUGCCCAGCCUCCUCCGCUCAACCACUUCAGAGAACUCCGCUCGGUGAGUUCUGAUAUGGAGAACUACGGCUUGCCGACCCCUGAGAUGUCCCCUCUGGACGUCUUGGAGCAGACGGAGCCUGCCUUUUUCCCUCCACACAUGCAGGACGACUGUGGCGUGAUGUCCUUCCGAGGCUACCACCACCACCCUCCUCCUCCUCCUCCCCAGAUGGAGUUUACCCCGGAGAAAAACCUGGGGAGGAACAUGCCCAUGGGCUACCCGCAGAACCCACCUCACCUGGGUGAUGCCAUGAGGACUCCCCACCCACCUGGUAUGUACUACAACCAAAUAUGCGCCGGCGCCGCCAACGGGCUUUCAGCCCACCUGGGCCAGCUCUCCCCGCCACCCGAAUCUCACCACCUUGACGGCGUGGAGCACUUGAACCCCAACGAGCUCUGGACAGAAGUGGACCGCAACGAGUUUGACCAGUAUUUGAAUAUGAGCAGGACUCGUCCCGAUCCUUCGGGGUUUGCCUACCAUGUCUCCGUGUCCAAAGUGACUCCACGGAGCCUCUCCUGCGAGGAGAGCAGCUUGAUAUCGGCCCUGUCCGAUGCCAGCAGCGCUGUCUAUUACAGCACCUGUAUCACUGGGUAGGGCUGCGCUUGUGUGUUCAGCAAGGGGAGAGGGGUUCGAGGCUGAGCCCGGUUUAACCGUCAUUUCCCUUCCCCCAGGGAACCCUGGGAACCUGCAAGGGGGAACCAUGGGAUCUCGUACCUGAAUUCCGUCUCCUAACCACAAUUCCCAGGACCCUUUGAACGAAGCUGUGCCGGUUAAACCAGUAUGAAUUUGACGGAAGCUCAAAACCUACACGUACCCUUAGGGAAAGGCAUAAUGCGCAGGUGCUAACCUCUUUUUUUGUUUGCUCCAAAUGAGAGCAGCUUGGUUUCCCAUCCCUGUGGGGCACCUUGUCCUUCUAACAAAUUUAUUCUUACCUGCUGAGAGACAGCGCAGCUCAGCUAAUGUGCCCGUCCUUUGAGAAACAAGUGCCAAUCUGCCGAGGAGUGAGC